GAUCAUGGUCCGGUAAUAGAUCAAACAGCGCUGAUGCGUCGGCACACAUAAAAAUGGGUACACACUUUGAUCGGUCUGCUCAUCUGCUGGUCACAUCUGUGGGCACACUACGUACAGGUGAAACAUGGCAGCCUUGAGACGCCUACUAGGUUAGAUCAUGGUCCGGUAAAAGAUCAAACAGCGCUGAUGCGUCGUCGGCACACAUAAAAAUGGGUACACACUUUGAUCGGUCUGCUCAUCUGCUGGUCACAUCUGUGGGCACACUACGGACAGGUGAAACAUGGCAGCCACAGAGCUCCAGUGUGAAGGGGCCGACCAGGCGUUUUUAAACCGUAUUUCUGAUCAACUUCUGGGAGGUAUAGCGGGUAUUGGUAUUGCCAUGGGUAUGGAGACGGGUUUAUUUGAUGUGCUGAUUACCCUGGGGGAGAAUCCAAACACAAGCCAGCAGAUUGCAGACACGGCUGGGAUGAAAGAAAGAUAUGUGAAAGAGUGGUUGGGAUGCAUGGCUGCUGCUGAUAUUAUUAAGUUCGAUGGGAAAACGGAAACCUACUGGCUCCCGACCAACCGAUCAAACAUCAUGGAACUGAAAGCUGUUGCUUUAACAGCACCCACUUUGUACGGAGGAUUCUUCAAAGUUGCAGAAUGUUUCAGAAAGGAUGGACCAUCAGGUGUACCAUAUAAUGCCUAUCAUAAGUUUGAUGAGCUGAUGGCUUUGACGCAAGGCCCCUUUUUUAGGGAUCAGCUAGUCCAGAAGUUCAUUCCAUCCGUGCCCGAGUUGCACCAACAGCUAAUAACUGGACUGGAGGUGUUGGACAUCGGAUGUGGAGAAGGCAUCUCCACUUUUGCCAUGGCCAGACACUUUCCCAAGAGUAAAUUUUACGGUGUGGAUCUAUCCCAAUCGGCCCUCGCCAAAGCUCGAGAUAAAGAGGAUGAGAUGGGUCUUACUAACGUCGAGUUCAUCAAUGCGGAUAUCACACAAAUGCCCUCUGACUGGACGGACAAGUUUGACUACCUGUUCAUGCAUUUUGUCCUUCAUGAUCUCUCGUACCCCACUAAGGCUCUCCGAGAGAUGCAUCGGGUACUCAAGCCAGGAGGAACACUCUCAGUCGUCGAAAGCAAUACUCAUUCAAACCUCCAAGAAAACUUGGAUAUGCGAGACCGGGAGAAUAUUCUAAUUGAAUAUAUUUAUAGUCUACUGAAUUGUAUGCCAACAUCUCUAUAUCCGGGAGAUGGGGCAGCAGGUUUGGGGGCAAUGUGGGGUCGUGAGAAAGCUAAAGAGUCACUGGAACAGGCCAACUUCCGAGUUGUUAUGGUAACUGAAGCUUAUAAAGAAGGGGUACAUCUAAUGUGUAAGAAACCAAUGACUAGCUAAACGUCUGCUAAUUGGUUUGGGGUUAACUGAAAUGUCCUGUUGGCCCAAUUUCAUAGAGCUGCUUAACAGCAAGUGUUGUGUUACAUAUGUAACUGCGCAGGUUUCCACUGCAUAGCCCUGCUUAUCGUAAGCACACAAAACGACGAGCUAUUUUUCUGGUGCUUACUGUAUGAAAACACUAAUUGUGAACGUGCAAGCUCACCAAGCUGGUCGCCUAAUGCUCUUGCUAAUUUGGGAAAUACACUUAUACUCGGGAGAAGCAUUUGUAAAUAUUUAUGACUUGACCAUUGCUGGCUGACCACCAGAUGGCCAUUGGCAAAAUAUUAUGAACAUUCCUAGGAAUGGUGAGCAGUGGUCAAGGUUUCAAUGUAUCAAUGUUUUAUUUGACCCUGCUUGUCCACAUUUGCAGUACUGAUAAUACACCUGUACAUACUGUACAUGCAAGUACUUCAGUAAUGCCAUCAAUGUACACUCACAUAAAUGAAUAAAUUUAAAUAAAAACGAAUACAACUCAAUUAUGAAGUAAUUUCACCUUUUGUCCACUCUUAGUGAAGCAGUGAGUGUUAACGAUAUAGCGUACCGGACUUGAUCACUGGCGUUUCUAAUCAACAGAGUGAGGGUUUGAGUCCAGGUGUUGAGACUUUUGUCCCUGCAAGACACUUAAAAAACAGGGGCUCAAAGGUCAGAUGUAAUUUUGCUAUGUACUUGUCUCCAAAUAUUAAUAGUCUUUUUGAAAGUGGAAAGACAAUUUUAAAGUCUCUACUUAAACCCAAAAUGGUGUAAAACAUAUUGAAUUUUAUAAUCCUUCUCGUGUGAAAUUUGUUGUAAAAAAAUCAUCCACAUUUCAAACACAUGGGUCUGUAUUUGGUAAGGGGAAUUUUCUGUACUUUCCAGUAUUUCCAAGAUUAUUCCUUUAGAACAGCAAUGAAUUUGAACUUUUGACUGACAACAAAUUCCUCUUUGGAAUGUGCAGACCCAUUUGUUUUUGACAUUCCACGGAUUCAUGUUUCAAAUUGAGCUCUGAAAGAGUUAGGUAUAUAAAAGAAAAGGGCAUAACAAAACAUUUCAAUGUGAGGUAAACAAGACUUGUAUUUUUUUUUUAAGCCAU